AUGAAUUUGCAGGCGGAACUCAAAGAAUUCUCCACGGAAUCCAAAUACAAAUCUGAGCUUAAUGAGUUGCAAGGUUUUGUGGACUGGAAAGGAAGGCCUGCACGUAGGGAUCGCCAUGGUGGAAAGCGCUCCACCCCUUUUGUUUAUGUAAUGACUGGACUGGACAACUUAGCUUAUGUGGCAAUAGUCAUAAACCUUGUGACAUAUUUCUCGGUCUUUAUGAAUAUGGAAAUUGCCGAAGCAGCCACCACGCUCACCAAUUUCGUAGGCACCACUUUCCUGCUGGCUCUGGUGGGAGGAAUUGUUUCUGACUGUUGCCUUAACAGAUUCAAAACAACCGUUUUAUCAGCUCUUAUACAAAUAGCCGGAUAUCUUGUAUUGUUAAUACAAGCGCACUAUAGCUCUUUAAGGCCUCCACAGUGCGACCGAUUGGUUCAGAAUUCGACCUGCGUGAAAGUAAGCGGAGCGAAAAGUGCAAUUUUAUUUGUUGGGCUGUAUCUGGUAGCUAUUGGAAAUGGAGGCACCAAGGCUAAUGUAGCACCUUUAGGAGCAGAUCAAUUCGAUGACAGAGAUCCCGAUGAGAGGGGAAAAAUAUCUUCCUUUUUCAACAAGUAUUUUUUCAGCGUUACCAUCGGCUCGACUCUUGCAGUCACAGUGUUAGUUUGGAUUCAAGACAAUAGGGGUUGGGAUGUAGGUUUUGGAGUUACUGCGGGAGCCGUUUUCUUUGGAAUGGUUUGCAUUUUGCUGGGAUGUACCACGUACCGUAUCAGAAUCCCACAAAGCAGCCCACUAACAAGAAUUCUACAGGUAUUCAUCGUCGCAUUCAAGAAUCAAAAGCUUGAAACGCCAGAGAAUCCCAAGGAUCUUUAUGAGCUGUAUGACGAGGAAGCAUAUAUGCACAGCGAGAGGCUUCUGCAUACAAACCAAUUCAAAUUCCUCGACAAAGCCGCUGUAGUUACAGACAAUAGAAAGGGGGAAAACUCGUGGGGGUUGUGCAGUGUGACCCAAGUAGAAGAAACCAAAAUUAUAGUGCGAAUGAUGCCCAUAUUUGCCAGCACAGUAUUGCUGAACACAUGCUUAGCACAACUACAGACAUUUACUGUUUCUCAAGGCGUGACCAUGGACAGAAGCAUGGGAAAGCAUUUUCAAAUUCCAGCAGCAUCUCUGCCUGUAAUUCCUUUAGUCUUUCUAAACAUCAUAACUCCAAUCUAUGACAGAUUCCUCGUUCCCUUUGCUAGGAAAUUUACUGGACAUGAAUCUGGAAUUACUCACUUGCAAAGAAUUGGAGUUGGAUUAGUAUUGUCUGCUAUAUCGAUGGCCAUCGCUGCUCUUGUGGAGGUGAGGAGGAAAAAUGUGGCGAUAGAGAAAGGAAUGGUGGACUCAAUACCAUUGUUCAUGCCGCCAAUUCCAAUGAGUGUAUUCUGGCUGGGAUUUCCAUACUUUGUUUUUGGAAUUGCAGACCUGUUCACGUUUGUGGGUAUGCUGGAAUUCUUCUACAGUGAAGCUCCUGCAACAAUGAGGUCAUUUGCCACUGCUUUUACAUAUGCUUCAUUGUCAUUGGGUUACUUCCUCAGUAGUGUUUUUGUUAAUAUUGUAAAUGCUGCAACUCGCAACAUGACCGAGAGCCAUGGCUGGCUUGGUGGUAACAAUUUAAACCGAAACCACCUUGAUCUAUUUUACUGGUUUCUUGCUCUUCUUAGCAUGCUCAACGUUUUCAAUUACCUUUUUUGGGCAUGCUGGUACAAGCACAAACCAGUAGUUCCAUACGAGCCUUCUACAAAGCAAUCAAAGAUUGAAACAUAA